GAAGAAGACUUUAAUUGACAUUUAUUAUGUCAUUUUUGACAGUUGGCAUUAUUGUUAUAUGACAUUUGGUGCCUUAGUUUGUGAUAAUCCAAAACAAAUAAAAUGGGUUUUAAUUGUUGUUUUUUAGUAUAAUGCAAUAUAAAAUGCCGCCGUUUCGUAGGAAAAAGUCGGGAAAAAGUUUUCCCGUCAAAGUUUGCACGCUAGACGCGGAACUAGAGUUCAAUCUUGAAUUGAGAGCGACCGGCAGAGAUCUCUUUGAAUUAGUAUGUAGGACUAUAGGUUUACGAGAAACGUGGUAUUUUGGUCUUCAGUUUGAGGACUCAAAAGGUUUUAUAUCAUGGCUGAAGCUGGACAAAAAAGUGCAAGAUCAAAGUAUUCAAAAAAGCCACCAGACUGCCUCGUUUAUGUUUCUGGCAAAAUUUUACCCAGAGGAGGUUGCCGAAGAGCUAGUGCAAGAGGUUACACAACAUUUAUUUUUCCUACAAGUGAAACAGGCCAUUUUGAGUAUGGACGUAUACUGUCCACCAGAGGCAUCAGUAUUACUGGCUAGUUAUGCAGUACAAGCAAAGUUUGGUGAUUUUGACGAGGACACCUACAAACCAGGAAUGUUGGCUAGCGAAGAUUUACUUCCGCAAAGAGUAAUCGACCAAUACCAAAUGACGCUCGAGAUGUGGGAGGAGCGAAUAAGAGUUUGGUACGCUGACCAUAGAGGAAUGUCGCGGGACGAAGCCGAAAUGGAAUACCUAAAAAUUGCGCAGGACUUGGACAUGUACGGCGUGAACUAUUUCCCCAUAUUGAACAAAAAAGAGACUGAUUUGUGGCUGGGCGUGACGUCAGUGGGUUUGAAUAUCUACGAGAAGGAGAACAAACUGCAGCCGAAAACUACGUUCACUUGGUCGGAAAUUAGGCACAUCAGCUUCGACGACAAAAAGUUUAUCAUCAAAACCGUGGAAAAGAACGCUUCGAAUUUCGUGUUUUUCAGCCAGAAAGUCCGGAUGAAUAAACUGAUUUUGGAUCUAUGCAUGGGCAACCACGACUUGUUUAUGCGCAGGCGCAAACCGGACUCGAUGGAGUUGCAGCAGAUGAAGGCUGCGGCGAAAGAGGAGAAACAGAGGAGGCAGGUGCAGCGCAACCGGUUGGCCAGGGAGAAACAGUUGAGGGAGGAGGCGGAGCGAGACAGAGCCAACAUGGAGCAGAGGCUGAUACAGUACCAAGAAGAGAUCCGAUUGGCCAACGAGGCGCUGCGGCGUUCCGAAGAGAGUGCAGACUUGUUGGCCGAAAAAAGCAGAGUUGCCGAAGAAGAGGCGAUUUUGUUGAGUCAAAAGGCUUCGGAAGCUGAGCAAGAAAUAAAAAGGCUAAGGCUUACUGCUAUGAGGAAGGAUGAGGAAAAAGUCACUUUGGAGCGCAAAACCAGAGAAGCCGAAAUGCUGACCGCCCGUCUGGUGGAAGAAUCCGAACGCAGAGCGGCCGAGGCGAACAGGUUGAAGGACGAACUUUUGAAGGCGCGCGCCGCCGAAAAACAGGCCAAAGAAAAACUGCUCGACUUUUUGAGUCGCAGCACCUACCACGGCUCGAGCGCACCCAGCCCCAUAUCGAGUCAUUCAACUUUAUAUUCGGCCCCUUUGAGUCCCACCCUAGCCCCGGAAUUAUCCUUGUUAGAUAUGGAGGUGCAUAGAAGUACCUCACCGGAACUUAACAUGAACAUGCCCAUGAACAUGAAUAUGAACAUGAACAUGAAUAUUGAACAUGAACAUGACUUCGUACGAUUUAAUCACGCAUGGCGACGCAGAUCAACUUUCACUGGAAAUAGAGAAAGAAAGGGUUGAAUAUUUGGAAAAGUCCAAGCACUUACAGCACCAGUUGAGGGAACUUCGAUCGGAAAUCGAAGUUCUAAAAGUGGGGGACAAACAGACAGAUUUCGAUCAGUUGCACGAGGAACAAGUUAAACUGGGAGAGAAUAAGUAUUCGACGCUAAAAAAAAGUAAAUCUGGUUCUACCAAAUCACGUGUUGCCUUUUUUGAGGAGUUAUGAUUUUAAAGAAUUAUUUAGUAUAUUAUGUGAGGGAUAUUCCUGCAAAAUGCAGAUUAUUGUUAUUAUUGACAAUAACUGGAUUUUGCAAGUCUGCUUCUCGUAUACACAGUUAUAAUAUGAGACGUUUAUACUCAUGACAAGAAUGUUAUUAUUAUUAAUAAAAACUAUUUUUAAUUAAGUCAA